AAAUGUUUGAUGCUCUUUUGCGAUCAAUAAUUUCAAACAAACGCAUUUUCAUAUUGAUGAAGUUCAAACUUUUACUUUUAAUUCAAUUGUGAUUCUUUUUAACUCAAACUUUUUUGGAUUAAGGUUCGGUUUUAGUAAAAAGGAGACGACAUUUUAUUUAACUAAAAAUUGAUAAGUUUAUCGAAAAGGAUUAACUAUCAGCAAGUUCGCGGUGAAUGUGCUCCGGGGCUUAAUUAGUUUUCUUUGCUUUUGAAAACAAAACAUCAGUUGAUUUAAACCAAUUGACCUUAUCAGUUCAGAUAUUUCAACUUGUGAAUUUAGAAAUUUCCACUUUCUGUUCAAUAUUUUCUAGAAAUAAUUAAUUUUUUACAAUGGAAUUGGGUGAUUUACCUUACGAUUGUUUAUCGUGUAUAUUUGAUCGUAUUCCUGAUCUUAAAUCGCUUUUGGAUAUGUCAACAGUUUGUAAAGAAUGGAACAUUUUGGCGAAACAAAGAUUGAAAAAAAUUCGACAUUUACAUGUUGAGCGCGAUAUCGAUUCUGACCUUGCAGCAUCUCCCAAUCACCUUUACACGAACGAUGUUGCAUUGAUGGAGAGAGUAAAUGUCGCGCAAAUGUUUCCAAAUCUCAAGUUUUUCACGAAAGAUUAUACGCUGGAAGACAUUUGUACCUGUAAAAUGUUGGUCAAUGUUUUGUCAACUUCGACCCCGUUAAUUGGACUCAUUUGUGAAUCUCCAUGUCUUGCCGGGGACUCUAUGAUGAUAGGCUUUUGCUGUCACGUCGAUAUCGACGAUAUUGUUAAACACUGUGGUAGCCUCGAGUACCUGGAUUCAUUGUAUCGACCUUUUCUUGGCAGUUAUUUCUUGAAAUUUAAAUUUGGUCAGAAUAUCAAAUACUUCGAAGGUUCAAUUGAAGGAUACGAUGACGAUGAGGAAGAUAAAGAUUAUGAUUUCAUGUUCAAAGAAAUCUAUCUACUGUGUUACUACUUGAAACAAAUGCCAAAUCUUGAAGUUCUUCGUCUGAAAGAACCACCAAUUGAACCUCGUCUUUGGCCUUUACCGAAAAACAUGAACCUGAAACAGAUUGAAUUUGAAAAUAUAUCGACAAAAACAUUGGCCUUCCAGUUCUUAUCUCGUUUUCCCAACUUGCGAAGUGUUUCUUUUAGUAUUCGACCAGUGAGAGAUGAAGAUGAAAUUUUCGAAGUUUCUAAUACUUACCCGAAUAUCCAGGAUUGUGCGUUUAAUAUUGAAGGAAUAUAUCAAGACUUGCCUGUCGGAUCGUUGAAGCUGAUUAAAAGUAUUAUGGUCAAGUUUCCUAAUUGUACAAAUCUGCGCAUUUAUCUCCUGAGAAAUAUUGCAAUAACUAAUGAGGAUUUGAUCGAGAUAAUCAAAAUGUUGCCGCAUUUAACUCUAUUAGUCUUGGAUAUAAAGAAUUGGGGAGAUGCAAAUACUAUUGAGACAAUCGAUAAGUUUUGUCAAUCAAUAGGUCGUCGAAUAUCCUUUUACUUGCUUAGCGAUGAUCGAAUAUGGAAUCGCACGACCUGGACUGGAUCAUAUACACGAUAUACAUUGAACGAAGAUGUUGCGAAUCAUUUGAAGACCGACAACAAAUUCAUUCGGAGCUUUUUUCGUUGUUAAUGAAAAGAAUUGAAUUUUUCUUCAAUCAAUUGAUUGUUCAACAUUCGGUUUUUCUUAUUACAUGUAACGACAAGCGAAAAUUCUGCACUUUAGUUUUUAAACUUUAAAGUGUCUGUUCACUAGUUAAUCGAACUAAUAAAUGUCUCAAAUUAUUAAUUCAAAGUUAAUUUCCAAAGCCUUUCUCCUCAUAAAGAUGAAGUUAGUUCUUCAAAAAUCAUUUAGAGAUAUAAAAGAUGAAAAUGGUUCCCGAUAUACAUAAUUGUCUGGACAAUUAAGAUUAUCUUAUUUGUUUAGGAAAAUAAUCCAUGAAUAAAUCCAUUCAAGUCAAAGAGUAAAAAACUUUUUUAAUCUUUGCUAAAAGUGAAAAAUUGAUUCAUGAAGAUAAUAGAUGUUGAUUGAUAUGAUAUUGGAAUAAACGAUAAAAGUGAUUAAUGAAAAUAUCUUUUUGUUCAAGAGAAGCAAAAAAAUAUCAGCAAAUGAUUUCAGCUGAAAAACUGAACUUCAAAGUUUCGUUGUAUUUUCUGGAAUCCUUUCGAUUGAUCGGUAAUUAUAAAUCGUCAUGUAAAUUUAGAUAAUUAUGCAUCGUUGUUUCUUGUCCUCGUCACCAAUUCCAGCUUUGAUAGCUUCCAUAAUUACCUGGAGAUUGAAUGAUAAAAAAAAAUGAUAAUUGAGAUCAAAUUGUACAUAUGAAUAAAGAAUAAAAUAAAUUACAUUUUAA